AUGACACAGGUCAGCGGAGGCGAUCUCACCGAGGGUUUCUACCUGCCGCACCACGCGGUAAUAAAAGAGUCGAGCGAGACAACGAAGAUACGCGUAGUAUUCGAUGCAUCUUCAAAAACCUCAACGGGAAUAGCCCUCAAUGACGCUUUAUUAAAUGGGCCUAUCCUACAGGAUACCCUAUACAAAUUAUUGCUUAGAUUUCGUUCGCACUCCUAUGUUUUAACGGCGGAUGUAGAGAAGAUGUUUCGACAGAUUAGGGUACAUACGGAUGACAGGAAGUACCAAAGGAUUUUGUGGCGCGAUUCGCGAGAUAAGCCAAUUAGAACUUACGAACUCAAUACCGUAACGUACGGAACCACGUCGGCUCCAUUUUUGGCCGUCCGUUGUCUCCAACAACUAGCAGUCGAUGAACAGAAGAGUUUUCCCGUCGCAGCAGACGUAUUCAGGACAGAUUUUUAUGUCGACGAUUUGCUCACUGGAGCACCCACGCGUGAACAGGCAUUAAAAAUACGCGAAGAAGCAGUAGGAUUAGCACGUUUAGGCGGGUUUCACUUGAGACAGUGGACGUCAAACGACGAGAGUCUGGUUGAGGACUUAGAAUCAAGCAAUCAAGAACGCACUCUUUCCUUAGACAUAGACGAGACCAGGAAAGCGUUAGGUAUAGGUUGGAACCCAAGGACGGACGAGUUACGAUACAGCAUAAAGUUGACCGAAGACAAACCCCGACCUACGAAACGUACGAUACUGUCACAGAUCGCGCAGUUAUUUGACCCGUUAGGACUGUUAGGACCGGUAAUAGUACACGCAAAAAUCAUUAUGCAACGACUGUGGAAGGCUGACCUAGGCUGGGAUGAAUCUGUUCCCCAAUCGAUUUUUACAAUGUGGGUGGAAUUUAUGCAAGAACUACCAUACUUGAAUAAAUUCUCAACACCACGGAAAAUCAUUGUCGACAACCCAUUGGAAAUCCAAUUACAUGGGUUUUGUGAUGCCAGUGAGGCGGCUUAUGGUGCGUGCAUUUACUUGCGGUCAAUUAACAAACAAGGAGACUGUAAGGUUAACCUAUUGUGCGCGAAAUCAAGAGUUGCACCAGUAAAAACUAUUUCAUUACCUCGGUUAGAGUUGUGUGCCGCCAAGCUAUUAGCAAAUUUAGUAAGGGAAACCAUUAACGCGAUGACCCACGUUGAAUUUAAAGGGAUUGUUUUAUGGUCAGACUCAACCAUAGCUUUGAAUUGGAUUAGGACUCCACCACACACAUUGAAAACAUUCGUUGCUAAUCGUGUAAGCGAAAUUCAAGAGCAGACAGAUGUUCAAAGUUGGAGGCACAUUUCUAGUAUAGAAAAUCCGGCAGACUUUAUAUCCAGAGGUCAAACACCUCUUGUCUUUCUUAAUAACCCAACAUGGUUAAAGGGUCCGCAGUGGCUGUCGCAAGCCGAGCGAGCCUGGCCAUUUAUGAUACUACCUGCAAUAGAAAUACCGGAAACACGUAGCUUCAAGGUUUUAAUAGCAACAGUUGAUACAACAGACUUCGUUAAUAGAUUCUCAACAAUAAAUAAACUUAACAGAGUACUUGCAUACAUAUUACGUUUUUAUAAUAAUUGUAAGAGCAGAAACAGAGUAGCAGACGAACUUACUAGUUUAGAGAUUUCCAACGCACACGUACACUUAUUAAAAUUAAUCCAAGAACAAGAGUUUGCGCAGGAAUUAAAGGAUUUAAGGGAAGGCAGGGAAAUAAGCAAAAAGAGUAAACUGCUCAACCUAACUCCUUUCAUCGACGAGAAGGGUUUAAUCCGAGUCGGUGGUCGAUUAAAACACGCAUCGAUAAAGUAUACAUACAAACACCCAAUAUUACUACCACGCAACAACCACGUUACAGAAUUAAUAGUUAGACACGAACAUUUAAAACACUGGCACGCGGGUAUUCAAGCCACAUUAAAUGCCGUCAGACAAAGAUAUUGGCCAAUAGAUGGCAAGAAUCUCACACGCAGGUUAAUCCACGCCUGUAUAAAUUGCGUUAAAACCAAUCCCAAGCUAUCCGAGUAUGUUAUGGGGAAUUUACCAAAGGAUCGUGUGACUCAAACACGUCCAUUCGAAACCGCAGGAGUCGAUUAUUGCGAACCAUUCUUUCUAAAGGAACGGAAACACAGAAAUGUAAGUAAAAUCAAGGGAUAUGUUGUAGUGUUUGUAUGCUUCGCCACAAAGGCAACUCAUUUAGAAUUAGUCACAGACCUCACCACGGAGGCAUGCAUAGCUGCUAUCAAGCGAUUUUUUGCGAGAAGGGGGAGAUCACGAAUCAUAUAUUCAGACAACGGGAGCAAUUUUAUAGGCGCGAAUAAUGAAAUAAGGGAACUGACCACAUUCGUAAAUUCGAAAGAACACAAGGGAAAAUUAAAACGGUACUUAACCGAUGAAGGAGUCAACUGGUCGUUCUCUCCACCCCGUUCGCCUCAUUUUGGGGGCCUAUGGGAAGCCGCGGUGAAGGCUUUUAAAAGACAUUUAAAGGGUACGAUUGGAGACGCACUGUUCACGUACGAACAAUUGAACAGCAUAAUAAUCGAGAUCGAGGCUAUUCUAAAUUCCCGACCACUAACACCCCUAUCCUCUGAUCCUAAUGACUAUAUCGCACUAACACCCGCACACUUCCUUAUUGGUGAUUCAUUACAAACCCUACCGGAAUAUGAGUGGACAGAUGUGCAUAUCAGAAGGCUGUCAUUGUGGCAACAUACUCAAAGGGUGAAGCAACACUUUUGGAGUAGAUGGCAUCGGGAGUAUCUACACGAGUUGCAUACAAGAUCCAAAUGGCAUAUUGGUAACAGUGCAGGUAUUAAGGAAGGGACACUGGUACUGAUACGAGAGGACAACCUUCCACCGUUGCAGUGGAAAUUGGGCCGAAUCUUGGAGGUACAUCCAGGGGACGACAAGAUUAUCCGUGUGGUGACUGUAAAGACACCGCUAGGAGUGUACAAACGGAGUGUAAAAAGACUUGCGCCACUACCGAUAGACUGA